AUGCCGGCUCUCCAUCGGCCUCGUCCUUCUAUCGCCGCGUCGCCUUCACUGGGCUCCCGUGUGCCUCUACACCCUCGCACGCGGCAUGUCGCAGCACGCGUCCACUCCGGCGGAGGGGCAGCGGACGCCGCGCCAGGCGCUGCGCAGUCAGAGGUGGUGGCGUUCGACGCGCCGAAGAGCAUUCCGGGGAUGAUGGAGCUGCGCCAGCUGCUGACCCACGACCCCGUCGGCGGGUGGGACAAGGCGUGGCAAGCGAGCACGACGCCGUGGGACCUGGGCGGCGUGACGCCGGCUGUAGCGGCGCUCGUGGCGGCACAAGAGGGGUCGCCGCUGCACCUGCCGCCCUCCAUCCGCCGCGUGCUCGUCCCCGGCUGUAGCACCGGCUAUGACGUGGAGGUGUUGGCAUCGGAUGGCAGGGAGGCGACGGCCCUUGACAUCUCGCCUGCCGCUGUGGUGCAUGCUGAGAAGAGAAGGUGGGCGUGCGUGGCAUGGGUGCGGCACCAACGCCCGCCCCUCGCGUUGCUUGAUGAGCACAACUCGCACAAGCGGGUGGACAGUGCCUGUGCAGCCAGCACUACACCCAUUCGCCCUUCCCUUCUUCACCCAUCCCUCUGCUCACACCCCUGCCCUCCCACUCUUUUCCACUCCUCCCCUGUUGCCCAAUUGCCCACAUGCCCCAUCGCCCCUGCCAUGCCCCUCACACCCUCAUGCCCCCGCGCACCAUCCCUCCAUGUCCCCCACGCACCAUCCCUCAUGCACCGUCCCUCCAUGUCCCUCCACGGGUCUCACCGCGUGCAGGUCCUUCUGUGCGCUGGCGCCAUCGCUGAGGGGCAAGAUAGCAGAGCUGCUCGCAUCACUCUCAUGUUCCCCAUCGAUGGACACGAGGGCGGCCCACCCUAUGCCGUCUCCAAGGACAGUGCUUGCCAUUUGUUUAUCCUCUGCCAGUGGCAGGGAGCAGCUGGCCAAGUGGGUGCAGCAUCCAAGGUGUGA